AUGGACAACAUUGACGAGGAAUAUAUUGAACACCUUCACAAUUGCGCGAAGAAGGCUGAGAGUUUUAAAACCACCAAGAGACGCUUGUCUCUUGAAACUCUUGAGCUGAUAGCAAGCUGGGAGCAUCACGAGUCGCAGGGAACCAAGAACUCACGUCCGUGCUUGCAAGGCUUUGCAGAGAGACGAUCAAGGAAGACCUUAAAGAGAGAAGAGCAGAAGUGCUGGCAGAAGCUGCAGAGGCGUGGAAAAGCAUCCGCUAUUCCCGUCGAUACUUCGCCAGUUGCAAGUCGAGGAUUGCUCUCCGGAACCCGAAGGGAACAACCAUUGCAUCGAUGA